GCUCAGCUGAUGAAUUUCAAAGAGGAGAACAUCUUUUUAGGGACAGAGCUGUUAAGGAUGUUUUACAAAUUGGAUUCCACCUGUCCGCUACAGUCACCCUACUUAUGACAAGAGCUCAAUUCAAUGUGGCAGUAACAUUUGACAGACAAAAGAUAUCAUCAUGCAACUGCACUUGUUCCUCGUCGGCUCACUGGUGUUCACAUAUUGUUGCAGUCUGUCUGUACAGAAUACAUUUGCCAACACAAGUAUGCCUCCGAGCGCCCGUAUCGGAGUCUCUACAGAGGCUGAGAAGAGACCAGCUACAGAAGUUCGCACAAUACCUCAUAUCGGAGCUGCCCAGACAAGUUCUGCCCACUGCUCAGCGAAUACUGGACGAGCUACUGUCAGCGCAGCCGAACCAGAUUAACGCGACCUGUGGCGCUCCGGACCCUACAGCGGGUGCUUCGGCCUACGAGUAUACUUCAUGGUUCCUCGAUGAGAAGACCCUCCAUAACAAUAUCAACAAGAUCCUGGUCAAGUUCUGUGUUCCCGCGCCUAUCGUUUUCAGUGACGUAAACUAUCUGAGUACGAGCGCACCACCAGCCGCGGCGGAAUGGUCGUCGCUACUCCGACCGCUCCGAGGCCGGGAGCCGGAGGGCAUGUGGAACCUGCUCUCCAUAGUCCGGGAGAUGUUCAAGCGGAGUGACCGCAACGCUAUACCCCUACUGGAGAUCAUUACUGAGGAGGUCAUGGCUUGUGAACAGAUAAUAGUAUGGUGGUACAGCACAAAAGCGGCUCUGGUGGCGUGGGGCGGCGGCGGUAACGGCAAGCACGGCGCCGCCGGCAGCUCCGCCGCGCAGCACGCCUGCUCCUCGCUCUGUGAUGAGGUGGUCAUACUGUGGCGUCUAGCGGCUCUGAACCCGGGUCUGGCGCCGCACGAACGAGACACAUUACACGAACAGUUUGCUCAAUGGCACAUGAAGGUGUUGGAUAAGGUGGCGAAAAACCGUACGAAUCACAUGAACGCAUCUCACGGCGCGCACGCACGGCACGCGCGUCCGCACCCGCCAUACGUCAACGGGGUCAGCGAAGCGGAAGUCUUCCCAGGGUUCCAUCCGGCCAUGGAAGCGUGCUUCCUGGAGUGGGAUGACUAUCCCAUACCCGGAGUGACGCAUGCCAACGACCUCAACCCGCUGUACCAUAGUCCAUUCACCAUAUUCAGACACGACAAAACUGAUGGGGUGCAUCAGGUGAACUCAUCGAAAGCGGUGUUGAAUAACGAGAUGUCGCUCAGCUACCGCCUGACCAACCCCGACGCGACGCAGACUCACAGGAAACUGAUGCACCGCAACAACCGUGUGGCCGUCGACCUGGCCAUGCCUGGACCGUCCAAUCAGCCUUGCGGGUCCGGCGAGAGAGGGAACGAAGCCGCACGCGAUGCUGCCAACAACGACGGCAAUCACUCCAGUGUCUCGUCCGAAGGUUUCUGCGAGAACGAGGAGGAGAUUGCAGUGAGCGGUGGUGACACUGACUCGCAGGGCUCCAGCUCGCCGCCCUCCUCCGACGACGUGCGCCGCGACAGUCGCGACCGCAACGACAGCGGAUCCGACGACGACUGCAACCUGUACUACUACGACGCUGCUGCUGCCCGCCGCCUGACCACGGAUGCCGCGUCCGCGCCGCCGCAGCCCUCACAGAGCGGUUCCCGGUCCGGCUGGGGUUGCGGGUGGGAGGUGUCGUUCGCGCGCGCCGAGGGCCUGCACGCGCAUGGACACGCGCGCGAGGCGUGUGCGCUCGGUGCAUGCCUCGCUGCGGAUCUGUUGGCUAGCCCGCCAGCGCUAGGUGGCGCUAACGGCGCAGGUAUUAGCGCGGCGGAGGCGCGGCGCAUGCGGCGUCGCGGCGUGCCGACCCCGCGGCUGUGCGCCGCGAGCCACCGCCUGUCGUGCCUCGCCUCGGCCACGCUCGCUAAGUGCGCGUUCCUGUGUACGGUGCUAGCAGAGUUCAGUGAGCACCACGAACUGGCUUUCCGAGUCGGCCUAUUCGCGCUGGAGAUGGCUCGUCCGCCCGCCAGCACUAAGGCCUUGGAGGUCAAACUCAACAACCAAGAGACGGAACUAGUGGCUUUGCUGAAGAAACUACCCACUGGGGCCGAACAGCUAGCGUUGGCUAGGGAGAAGGCUGAGGAACUGCGAGACGGAUUGUUGAGGAAUCGAGGUCCCGCUUUACUACCUAUCGCUCUAGCAAGUUUCUUAUUCGAAGUGCUUGUUCUAUCUGCUACGGACAAAGAAAACAAACAACCUUUUCAGUCGAGACUACCGACCGAUGAAAUGUUAGGCUUCGAAGCGGCGGUUGCGGCUUUGGGUCUUAAAGCAAAUGUGUCAGAGGCGGAACAUCCACUAUUGUGUGAAGGGACAAGGAGACAGAGAGGCGAACUAGCGCUCACCCUACUGUCGUUCUAUAAGGACGACCCUGUGAAGCUAGCGAGGAUAAUGAAUAAGCUUCUAGACCGCGACAUCCACCAGCUGACCAAGGGGCCGAUGGUGAGCAUGUACUACACGAACAACCCGCGCCUCGCCGCAUACCGCGCGGAGCCGUACCGAGCUGAGCAGUACCACGCGCAUGCGCACGCACACACGCAGCACGCGCACGCACCCGUUAUGCCGCCGUCGCCCGGCCCGUGUCCGCUGUCCGGUGACAUGGAGCGUCUCCGCGUGGCUGACGGUGACGGCUCCCCGCCCGUCAUGACGCACGCGACGCACGUAACGCACGUGACGCACGCGGCGCACGGCACGCACGUGACGCACACUCACGUCACGCAUCAGACGCACACGUCGCACCAGCACGCGACGCACCAGUCGCACUCCACACACCAGCAGCUGCCGCGGCUGAAGGACUCGAGGUACAAAGGUAAACGCCAAUAUCCGUCCGUGCCGAACCAGCCGUCGGAGGCGUCGGCUCACUUCAUGUUCGAGCUGGCCAAGUCCGUGCUGUUCAAAGCGGGAGGAUCAUCCAGUACGAGUUUAUUCACUCAGACUUCGUGUGCAAGAGAGCACCAUGGACCACACAGAGGCUUGCAUAUGGCUGCAUUCCAAUUGGGUCUGUAUGCGCUUGGUCUACACAACUGCGUCAGUUCAAACUGGCUCAGCAGAACAUACUCAUCGCACGUCAGCUGGAUUACAGGACAAGCAAUGGACAUCGGAGCGCCAGCUAUAUUGUUCCUGAUUUACGCAUGGGAAGGUCACCUCACACCCCCCGAAGCAGCGGGAAUCGCUGAUAAGGCGUCGUCUGGCUGCGACGCUUCCAUGGUUAGCGCGGCGGCCGAGUUAGCCCUGUCGGUUCUGCCGCACGCGCACGCACUCAACUACAACGAGAUACAGCGCGCGGUGCUGCAGUGUAAGGAGCAGAGCGAUCACAUGCUCGAGCGUGCCUGCCUCACUGUUGAGGCCGCGGCUAAAGGCGGCGGCGUGUACCCGGAGGUGCUGUACACGGUCGCGCGGUACUGGCACGAGCUGUUCCUGCGGCAGGCGGACGAGCCGGAAGACGAGUUCCGCCCGCCCCCGCCUCCGCCCCCGCCGUCGCUCGUGCCCGUGCCCUACCCGCUCUACCCGUUCCCGUACCCCUACCCGCCGCCGAUAUAUCAGCUCCAGUACGGCGGUGCGGCGAGCGCGCACACUGCGGGCGGGUACGCACUACAGCCGUAUUUCGUGCGGGGCAUCGUGACGCAGCCGCACGCGCCGUUGCCGCAGCACCCGCACGUGCCCCUCCCGCACGCGCCGCAGCACCCGCAGCACCCUGCGACUAUCACUGUCAACCACCCCGCGCCAAUACCGCCACCGCUACCCGCGCACAGCUCGCCCGGCGUGAGCGGGGUUAACCCCGUGCCGGUUGGCGCAGUUGGGCCAGUGGCGUCCACCGUCCCGGCCGCCGGCCCACCGGCAUUACCCCAGGCGCAGCUGCGUCGGCUACUAGCGGCGUAUAGAGUCGGCAUGCUGGCGCUAGAGACACAAGCGAGACGAGUCCACGACGACCGCCCGCAAAACAAGUUUGGCAGAAACCCGCCGUACGGCGAACACGUGAAGUGGCUAUUGCGCAUAUCGAAGCGUCUCGGCGCGCAAUACCUGCACCAGUUCUGCGUGUGCGCAGUCAACUCCGUCGUGUCGCCGUUCGUAUUGUACGAGCUGUGCGUGGAAUCGGCGCACUGGCUCGCACGCGGCGGCCCGCAUCAUAUCGUCAUGCAACAUCUACGUGGGACGCUCGCCCCGCUAGUACAUAAGUGCCAGCAGAUGUAUAUCCAAUGUAUUCAUCAAAAACUAUAUCAUUUGACGUCGGUUGAGUACGAGGAGUUUGUCGGCAUCGUCCUGUCAGCGCGGACAGCCUUCCAACUGACCCCCGAAGGAAAUACACAAUUUAAGGAGUGGCUUGCUUCGUUACGAAGAUCAAAGUCGUGCAAGAAGGACCUGUGGACGCAGUUGAACGCGGCGCUACAAACUAACAGUAAAUGACGGCGGCAGCCCGUAGUCUGCACCGUGCGCGCCGUGCGCCGCACGCGCUCGCGACGCGCCACGCAUACGCUCUAGCGGUUCGCCGGCCCGUCUGGCCUGGCCCUGAUCGGCCCGGGCCAGAAUGGGCACGCUCUACUCACUUUAGGCCAGUUCGAGCCCGCCCUACUCGGUCCAGGCCAGAAUGGACCCGCCCCACUUAGUUUAAGCCAGCUCGGGCCCGCCCCACUCGGUCUAGGCCAGCUAGGGCCCGCCCCACUCGGUCUA